CUUCUUCAUUUACAUCCCUGUCUGUGUCGCCUUGGUUUUGAUCAUGGCUCAACGCUUUUGAACUCCAAGUGAUGCAGGUUACGGCUUUAUCUGGCACAACAGUUGCUCAACUUGAUGAGGAACAGUUGCAUUGCAUGGUGGAAAGUGGGAAAGCUGUUCGGGACCUAAAGCAGCUCCUUUCAGCUGAGGUUGGGUGCUCAAGGUUUCGGCAAAGGCUCUUCAGUGACGGAAUCGGAGAACUGCCGGAUGACAUGCCUUUACGAUCAUUACCAAGUAUUCAGCUUGUAGUCCUGCCGUUUUGUGCUUUCGAUGAGGCUGCAGAGGAAGAACUACGUCGCAACUGCAAAGACAAUAAUGCCAUGGCGAUUGAACGGCUGCUUCAGGCUCCGCAAGAACCGAAUGGAGGAGGUUUGUUUCUAGCGGUCGAGGAAGGCCACUUGGAAGCAGUGCGUUUGUUGCUGGAGGCCGGAGCUGACAAAGAUGCAGCAAGGAUAGAUGGGGCAACUGGUUUGAUCAUUGCAGCCCAGGACGGACACUUGGAAGUUGUGCGAAUUUUGCUCGAGGCUGGAGCUGACAAAGAUUCAGCAAUGACAUAUGGGACAACGGCUUUGUUUAUUGCAGCCCAGAAUGGUCACUUGGAAGUUGUGCGAUUGUUGCUGGAGGCUAGAGCUGACAAGGAUGCAGUAAAAGCAAAUGGGGCAACGGCUUUGUUUAUUGCAGCCGAGAUGGGCCACCUGGAAGUUGUUCAAUUGUUGCUCUAUGCUGGAGCAGACAACGAUGCUGGAACGACUUAUGGUGCAACUGCUUUGUUUAGAGCAGCCCAGUUUGGCCACUUGCAAGUUGUGCGACUGUUGCUCGAGGCAAAAGCCAACAAAGAUGCAGCAAGGAAUGAUGGGGCAACAGCUUUCAUCAUUGCAGCCCAGAAUGGCCACUUGGAAAUUGUGAGAUUGUUGCUCUAUGCUGGAGCUGACAAAGAUGCAGAAAAGAAAGACGGCGAAACGGCUUUGUCAAUUGCAGCUCUGAAUGGCAAGUUGGAGGUGGUGCGUGUGUUGCUCCAGGCUGCAGCUGACAAAGAUUCAGCAAGGACGCAUCAGGUACGGGCUUUGUUUAUUGCGGCCGAGAAAGGCCGCUUGGAAGUUGUGCGAUUGUUGCUUGGCGCUGGAGCUGACAAAGAUUCAAGGAUACUUGGGGGGACAACAGCCUUGUUUAUUGCAGCCCAGAACGGACACUUGGAAGUUGUGCGGUUGUUGCUGGAGGCUGGAGCUGACACAGAUUGUUUGUUGCAGCGCAGAAUGGCCACUUGGAGGUUGUGCGUUUGUUGCUCGAGGCUGGAGCUAACAAAGAUGUAGUAAGGAGACAUGGGGCAACAGCUUUGUUCAUUGCAGCCCAGAAUGGCCACUUGAAAGUUGUGCGGUUGUUGCUGGAGGCUGGAGCUGACAAAGAUGCAGCAACAACAGAUGGGACAACGGCCUUGCAAAUUGCAAGCCAGAACGGCCACAUGGAAGUUCAAGAGCUGUUGCUCCCGGGUGGCUUUUGACCGCCAAUUCUUGAGCGAGAACUUGGUCGAUCCAAGUUGCAUCACGAACAACACGUGGCAUGGACGCGGUUGGACCCCAAAAGGAAAGGACUUGUAUUGACCCAGGCCCUGUGAUCUGAAAUGGUAGAGGGUGGUCCCAUAUGAUCCUCUCUGAAGCGG